AUGGAUAACUCUCCAAUUACAGUCUCAGAUGAUGAAGAAUCUCAAUCAUUACCAAACCAUGGUAAUGAAUUGGCGAAUGGAACGAGCAAGGAUUAUGAUCAGAUGGAUUCUGAUUAUACGCCUGCUCCGAGAUUUUUGUUAGUUGAUAAAUCCUCUGGAAAAGAUAUAAAAAAGGUCCAAAAAACUCGGAAAAAACGUUACACUGCAAGCAAGGAUUUUUUAGACUCCAUUCCUUUUUGGGUAAAUUCUCCAAAGGAUGUAAGAGACAUACCUUCACAUAUAAAAAUGAUAUGUGAAAGGCUUAUACAUGUAGAAAAACAAAUUAAAAAAUUUUGCAUAGAGCGCCAAGGACUAUUGUCAACCCUUUGGAAGCUCGGAGGUGAUGGUUAUAUUAACUUGUUUCCGGAUCCAGUUUUAAAGUCGUUAACCUUUUACGGCGUUAGUAAUGGUUCGGAAGAAAAUGAUAUAUAUAAUGAUGAAAAGGAUAGCCUAGACUCGGAAAUUGAGGAUAAGCUAAACUACAACAAUUUGUAUUCCUCUAAAUUAGAAAAUGGUGAUCUCAAAAUGUGGAAAUCCACCUGGAUGACUAAUGAGUCAGAGGCAUCACCUAUUAAAACUCCUACCCAAACACCUACUCAAAUCCCAACCAUUAAAACAUUCGUGUCAAACUACAUUAAAUCCUGUGGAAGCUCAAGUGAAUUCGGAAUUUCUACAGGAAUGAACGAUAGCAAGAAGAGCUCAUAUACCAAUGAGUCAAACGGAAGCAGAGACUCAGAAGAAUAUGAAAGAGAACCCAUCGAAUUUUUCAAAAAUCUCGAUUUCUCGAAGUUAAAUGAAGCGGAUAUGGAAGCAUGGAGGAAAUUUUUCGGACUUAAAGUUUACAAUUAUAUAAAAAUGGAGGAUGAAGAAAUGGUUAAAGAGUUGGUCAAAAUUAGGGAACAUUUGUUGUCAUUUAUCGAUGUGUGA